GUUAUUUAAAACUACAUUUUUUGUUGACUUAUAAACUGAUAUUUGGUAAAAUCUUUAUACAGCCUUCAAUAAAAUUUAUGAUAUAAAAUGAUUAUUAUUAUAAGUACUCUAAAAUAUGUUUUUUUUAAAUUAAUGUAUUUCCUUUUUCUUUUCACUGGGAGUGAACCAAUUCAAGGGGCGUGUUUCCUACACAUGUUCCUGGGCUGCUGUGCCUUCACCCCCCCUUCCCGGAGAGCAUCCUGAUCUGAUCAACGCGGCAUUUUACAAAGAGGGCCGCCCACAUAAACGGAUGUCGGGUUUAGGGUUAUGGACCUCUGGGGCCUAUUAUGGCUCAUGAAAAAAUCCCAGGAGCCAUUAAAAGGGUUGUGGCUCCCAGUUCUUCGUCGUCCCCUGGUGCAGAACUUAAGGAAACGAGCCAAGAAGAGCGGCGAGGCUCGAUAAGAGAGGCGACCCAGCAGCCACCUUGUUCUUCGAAGGAUGAAAACAAUGACCAGUCAACUCCUGCUUCUGAAAAGCACUAUCACAUGAGUUCCAACCCAAGUCCAGAGGACAUGGAGGACACCUGCUCGGAGUAUGACAACGUGGGCUCUGACGUGGAGCAGGACUAUGACGAGGUGCUGCAUUUAAACAGAGAGGGCGUCGUGGAUGUGAGAUGCUACAAAAACUACAGUUCAGAGGAGGAAAAGCAUGCGGCGCGGGAAAAUCCAAAGGAGAGCACGUCUUCUUCACUUGACCAAAUCACCCAAAGGCCACUUCGAAGCACAGAAAAAAGUGAUGGAUCACAAUCAAACAAUAAUCCACACCGAUUAAGGUCACACUGUGCUGCAAGAGCACGAGCAGAAGUGGAGGGAGCUGUGAAAAAGAGCCACAGAGACAAGUUCUUCCCCAAAGAUGGAGACGAGUUAGAGGAGGUGCUACAUGGAGCCAGAUUUAUAGAGGAUUUAGAGGAGGCGGAUAAUAAUGUUCAAAGACCUAAAAGCCUUUAUCAGGAUGAACAGAAUGAGAGGAUUAGAAAGGGAAGUGAUGAAAGAAAAAAAGAUGACAGUCGAGGUGCAAGAAAUCAUAAUAUCCAAGGAUUCAAUAGGAAGUGUGAGACAUCUCACAGGGUUUCAAAGGACGUGCAAUGUAAAGGGCAGUUCAGGAAGACCACAGGAGAAGAUGCUGAACAAAACCAUCCCGGGAUUAAAGGAUGCACGACCAACAACUCCGAGCAGCGUCCAAAGACUUUACCCAAGGAAUGUAAAAAGUCUGCAGUGAGAUCCAAGGGGAGAUCCGGCGCCAACAAGCCUCAUCCUCCUCCUCCACCACGUCACUCUCAUGCACAGUCACCUCCCAACCCCCAGAAUGCCCAGCCUGACAGACCCAUUCCCAGCGCUCCCAGGCCCUCCUCUGCUUACAGCCGUGAGAGCGAUCCAAGGGUUAUCAAGCCAUCUGCGGUUCCUCACCACGCAGCCGAACAACAGAGAGAGUCCUUUGAGGAAAGGCAAAGAAUGCCGGAGAAACCAGAGCAGCAGGACGAGAGGCCAAACCUGAGUGUGAUGCCUGAGGAAGCACCAGAGCAGCAAAGGGAGCCUCAGUGUCCAGAGUCAGUCUGUGCAGAGGAAAGCAACACUGCUAAGGAAGCUGCUUCUUUUCCCAGCUUUGAAGAUGGUAAAUAUUACAAAUAUUAUUCUAAAAUGAUGAACACAUUUCAGAGCACUGCGAGUCUUUGUUCUGAAGUUCCAGGCCCCUGUGAGCCGGAGGAUCUCAUCGAUGGGAUCAUCUUUGCUGCUAACUACCUCGGCUGCACACAGGUGAUGUCCGACAAAAAUCCAUCCAAGUCGGUCCGAAUGUCUCAAGCCCACGAAGCCAUCAGUCACAUCAAGAGUCAGGAUGAAGACUCUCAGAUGAUGACUGAAGUGGAUCUGUUCAUCUCCACUAAAGCUGUCAAAGUGCUGAACGCUGACACACAGGAGACGAUGAUGGACAGUGCCUUGCGAACCAUCUCCUACAUCGCUGACAUCGGCAGCAUCGUGGUGUUGAUGGCUCGGCGGCGCGUCUCUCAGGCCACGCCGGAGGACUUUUCGGAACCCCCUGACUCCCCCAGCGACGAAAAGAGUCAGUACAGAAUGAUCUGCUAUGUCUUCGAGUCAGAAGAUGCGCAGCUGAUUGCACAGUCCAUUGGUCAGGCUUUUAGUGUCGCCUACAGAGAAUUCCUGCGAGCCAAUGGUAUCAACCCAACCGACCUGAGCCACAAACAAUACAGCGACAUUAUCAACUCACAGGAGAUGUACCACGACGACCUUGUCCAUUUCUCAAACUCAGACAACUGCAAAGAGGUGUAUUUAGAAAAGCAGAAAGGGGAGAACCUCGGUGUGGUAAUAGUGGAGUCCGGCUGGGGCUCCAUUCUGCCCACCGUCAUCCUGGCCAGUAUGCUGAACAGCGGCCCCGCAGCUCGUUCUGGAAAACUCAGUGUGGGGGACCAAAUCAUGUCCAUUAAUGACACCAGUCUGGUGGGACUGCCGCUGGCCACCUGUCAGGGCAUCAUCAAGGGUCUGAAGAAUCAGGUCAAAGUAAAGCUGAGUAUUGUGAGCUGCCCUCCUGUCACCACUGUCCUCAUCAAGAGACCGGACCUUAAGUUUCAGCUCGGCUUCAGUGUUCAGAAUGGCAUCAUCUGCAGUUUGAUGCGAGGCGGCAUCGCUGAGCGAGGGGGUGUCCGAGUAGGUCACAGGAUCAUCGAAAUAAAUGGUCAGAGUGUUGUUGCCAUGGCGCACGAGAAGAUUGUACAAACCCUCUCUGUCUCAGUUGGUGAGAUCAACAUGAAGACGAUGCCUGCGGUGAUGUUCAGACUGCUGACGGGACAGGAAACGCCUGUUUACAUUUAGAGGCCUGUAUUGAACAGUGAAGACAGACGGAUGAAUGGCUGGAUAGGCGAGAAUUUAUUUUUCUAUUAUUUCCAUUUUGGGCUCUUGCUGCGAUGCUGUAAGGAGCAUCUCGUUGUCAUUUUUCAGGUUUUCUCUUGAACUACAUCGUCAUAAUGGCCUUAUAAAUGUGAACACUGUCUGUAGUGCUGUAUGUGAGUCUCUGGUGUUGAAGAGAAGUAGCUUUAUGGUCAUGAUUAUUUUCUUAUAAAGAGAUAAAUGAGUAAAAUUAUUUUUCAUUUAGUCAUUUUUAUAAUGUGUAUGGGUUUGAAAUAAUUGUUCCUGUAUUGUAAAUAUAUUUGGAUUAGAAAGGCCAUAUUAUUCCUUCAGAAUUUAUGCAUGUGAACAUGAAAAGUAAUUGACCUGGGACUCAUUCUUAAUCUGACGAUAUAAUCUAUAACACUAAGUAUUAAAGGACGGUAAAAAGUAACUGGGAGGAGGGCUUGAACUGUGUGUGAUGGUGAUGCUAAAGGCCAAAGCUACACCUGCUUCUAAAAAACAGUGUGGGGGGGAUCAGUACCUUUGACUGACUGUAUAUUAAUGUAUGAAUAUGCUUGUGCUGAAUGAAUGUAAUGAGAAAAUCCAACAAAAUUACAGUUUGUCUGCUGACUCAA